AUGCUGAUUGGGCAGAUGGGAUUGGGAAAGACUCUGCAGGCGAUUUCAUUCCUGAGCUACUUGAAGUUUCAUCAAGGAUUGCGAGGGCCAUUUCGUGAGUCUGCUUCUUACGUUUUCUCUGAUUCAUAUGUUAAAGUAAGACAGAUUCUGAUGGCAUAUGGCUUAAUUUUGGCAGUGGUGCUGUGUCCCUUGAGCGUAACGGAUGGUUGGGUAUCAGAGAUAAAUAGGUUCACUCCAAAACUCGAAGUUCUUAGAUAUGUUGGCGAUAAGGAUCGCCGUCGGACUUUGCGUAAGUCGAUGUAUGAUCAUGUCAAGAAGAGCUCUAAGGGAUCUUUAUUGCCGUUUGAUGUGUUGUUGACAACGUAUGAUAUAGCAUUGGUGGAUCAGGAGUUUCUUUCUCAGAUUCCGUGGCAGUAUGCUAUAAUUGACGAAGCUCAAAGACUCAAGAAUCCCAACAGUGUUCUGUACAAUGUCUUACUUGAACAAUUUCUCAUUCCACGGCGUCUCUUGAUUACUGGUACACCGAUUCAGAACAAUCUUACCGAACUUUGGGCUCUGAUGCAUUUUUGCAUGCCCCUAGUUUUUGGGACUCUGGACCAGUUCCUUUUCGCGUUCAAAGAGACUGGGGAGUUUUUAUCAGGUCUUGAUGCAUCAAAUGUCAAGGAAACAUAUAAGAGUUUGAAAUUUAUCUUAGGCGCCUUUAUGCUGCGGCGUACAAAAUCUUUGCUGAUUGAGUCUGGGAAUCUGGUGCUGCCACCUCUCACGGAGCUAACUGUAAUGGUUCCGCUCGUCAGUCUCCAAAAGAAGAUAUAUACCUCAAUAUUGAGGAAAGAGCUUCCAGGGCUCCUCGCACUGUCUUCUGGAGCAUCCAAUCAUACGUCUUUGCAAAAUAUUGUGAUACAGCUCCGAAAAGCAUGUAGCCACCCUUACUUAUUUCCUGGUAUUGAACCGGAACCUUUUGAAGAGGGCGAACACCUUGUUCAGGAUUUUAUGGAGCUUCGUAGAUAUUCUUAUGAGCGUCUUGAUGGAUCAGUCCGGGCUGAAGAACGUUUUGCUGCCAUAAAGAGCUUCAGCACGAAAAGAGAAAGAGGAUUGGAUUCUGAAGCUGAUGCAAGCAAUGCCUUUGUUUUCAUGAUCUCAACAAGAGCAGGGGGAGUGGGUUUGAAUCUUGUUGCUGCUGACACUGUUAUAUUUUAUGAACAAGAUUGGAACCCGCAAGUGGAUAAGCAAGCUUUGCAACGAGCUCAUCGGAUUGGACAAAUCAGUCAUGUGCUGUCUAUAAACCUCGUGACUGAACAUACUGUGGAAGAGGUUAUCUUGAGGAGGGCAGAGAGGAAGUUGCAGCUUAGUCAUAAUGUUGUGGGAGAUGCUAUGGAAGAGAAAGAAGAAGACCGUGGUGACUUGCGCUCUCUAGUGUUUGGUUUACAAAGGUUUGAUCCUGGGGAGAUCCACGAUGAAGAAUCUGAUAACCUGAAAAUGGUAGAAAUCAGUUCUCUUGCUCAGAAAGUUGUUUCGAUUCGUCAAAAUAUUGAACCGGAUAAGGAAGCAAGAAAGUUUGAAAUCAACUCGAGUGACACUCUGGGAGGGAACUCAUCAUCCGCAAGUGUAUAUUCCGACCUUGACGAAGCUUCUUACCUUUCAUGGGUCGAGAAACUGAAGGAAGCAUCACGAUCAAGCAAGGAUGACAAAAUUAUGGAGUUGGGAAAUAGAAAGAACGUAUCUGAGGACAUACAUUUGAGAGUUGAAGCUGCCAGGAAAAAGGCAGAAGAGAAGAAGCUAGCCACUUGGGAAGCACACGGUUACCAGUCUCUGUCUGUGGAAGAGCCAGUUUUCCCCGAUGAUGUUGACUCUAGUUCAGAUGCAGGAUCUGUUCAUUUCGUUUAUGGAGACUGUACGCAUCCAUCAACUGUCUCUGCUGAGCCAGCAAUCAUAUUCAGCUGUGUUGAUGACUCUGGGAACUGGGGACGUGGAGGAAUGUUUGAUGCUCUGUCAAAACUUUCUGAUACUGUACCCGAUGCGUAUCACCGAGCAUCUGAAUUUAAAGACCUUCAUCUUGGAGAUCUGCAUCUCAUAAAACUUGAUGAAAUUGGUGAGCAACAAAACGCAGAAGAAAGCGAACCUCUUUGGGUGGCACUUGCAGUUACACAAUCUUACAAUCCGAGGCGUAAAGUUCCUCGUAGUAGCAUUUCAACUCCAGACCUUGAACGUUGCUUGGCCAAAGCUUCAUUCUCUGCUUCUCAGAAUUCAGCUUCACUCCACAUGCCACGUAUUGGUUACCAAGAUGGAUCAGAUCGAUCUCAAUGGUACACUGUUGAGCGUCUUCUUCGCAAAUACUCCUCCAUCUUUGCCGUCAAAAUAUUCGUACUAUUACCGUCGAUCUCCUUGAUGAGUGAUGAUGAUGAUCUGAACACAAAUCUUCCACUCCGUGUGCUAUGUAUAACUUACUCUGUGUUAACAAUGUACAAGAAUAGCCUCAUCUUAUAUUCGUCGACUCGUCUCAUCUUGUUCUCUGAGUCAAAGUACACGUGUUGCGUCUACACUGCGUCUCGUUACACGGUUUGUGCCCCGCGGUUUCUUUUCCCCGCGGGUCAGGAAAUGAUCCGAACCAUUGGAGGUGACUCGCCGUGCAAAUUGAUCAGAAUGGGAGAAGCUGGUCAAUCCAGAGAAGGAGAAUCUACCACGCCUCUAGUUGCUGGUGAAACUGGGGACAAUGGCGCUGCACCACAACUUUUUAAUUCUUUGCCAGCUCUUAAUGAAGCUGCUUCUUAUAUAAACCAAGCAACGUCUUACUUGGGGAGCUGUUUUUCUGAUUAUUCAGAAUAUGGUGGUAAGGAUUCGUGUAAUUCUAUUUCCCAACCCCAUGAGUUGAUACGAACAACAUCAGAAGUCGACGGGAAUUCCCCAGUAAGUGUAUGCAUUUCUCCUGGUGGAAGGUGCUCAACUUCUUCAGAGGCAUCUACUUCUACAGCCAACAGUCCAUCAAAGGAAUCUACAGAGACCCUGCCGCAGGCAACAAAUGCAAUAGUGGCAUCGAAUCGGUUGGGUUUAAAUGGAGUUUCGAUUUUUCAAGGGCUCCUUGAACGGGCACGGAGGACUGUCCGUGGCUCGGCAGAUGACAUAGGAUGGUUACAGCGCGACCCGGAGAUGCCUCCUGUUGAAGAUGGAACUGAUAGAUUCAAUAGAAUUCUUGAGGACAUCGGGCAUGGUGUUCACAGGCUUCCAAAUACAGUGGUGUACUUGUUGGUUCCAGGUCUUUUCAGCAAUCAUGGACCUCUAUAUUUUGUGGAUACGAAAACAAAAUUCUCAAAGAUGGGUUUGGCCUGUCAUAUUGCUAAGAUUCACAGCGAGAGUCCAUAUGGUGGAAGCCCAAUUGCUACAGAUAUCCUCCGUGAAGGACAACUCGGUGAUUAUGUCAAUCUGAGAAAGCUUAUGGAGAUUCUGAUCUCCAAAGUCAUAAAGGGUGAUAUUCAAGCUUUGGAAGAUUUAACCUACGAGAGAAGAAAAGAGUUCUUGAAGAAUCAUCCGCUUCCACGGGAACUCCCCACGGUUUCAUUCCGCACAGAAGCUAGCAUAAGCCCGGCAGUUCUGGCCACUUUAUCACACGUGGCACACGCUGAACUUCCGCUCACAAACCAAGCCGCGAAACUCCCAGUGGUGAUGCCACUUGGUGCUGCAAUGGCUGCUUGCGCACAGCUGCUUCAAGUCAGAUACGGCGAAAAGAGCGACGGGCUCGUGACUUGCUGCGAUGCGGAGGUUCCUGGUUCCGUGGUGGUUAGACCCAAGCGUAAGCUGGACCAUGCCUGGAUGGUUUACUCUUCCUUGAACGAGGUUCCUUUGGAAGCUGAUGCUGCUCAAGUCUGUGAAGCUCUCUUGACAUUGCUUGUCCAAGUCGAGGAAGAGAAGCAACGUAACCUCGCGACCAAGAACGAUUGAUUAACGUUCUUUUCUUCUGCCACUUAUAUAACCAGAUUGUCUUCUUUCUAUAUAUUCGUCUUCAGACUUGAAAUUGUUUUAUUGUUAAAUCCUACUGUCUUGACACUUUCUAGUAAUUUAAAAUUUAAUAUCUCUGUUGUUUUUCGGGAUAUUGCUUAUUGAAUUCCUCUUAACAUUUGCAAUCGGUAAAUGUAUCCAUAUUAAAUCUUCAA